CAUUUUUGUCAAGGAAGUUGAGAAAAUGUUUUAGCGUUCAUGUUUACGUGAACUAUUUUAUGGAAUUUAUCAUUUAGGCAAUCUUCAAUAUGAUGAAAUUAAAUCUAACUCGUGUUGACUACGUUCAGGUGGGGAUAACAUCUCCAAAAUCUAUGAGAGUUUUACCAACCUCUGGGAAACUACAAAGGAUAGCUAUAGCAGACAACUAUGGAAUAUUACAGGUUUUUGGAGCAAAAAAAGCUGAAAUACAGCAAGUAUUCCAGACCCCACCAUCCCAGAAAAUAACCAGACUAGAGUUAGGAGGACCAAUUGGUGGCGUUAAAGAUAGGAUAUUUAUAGCUACUGGUCCUGAAAUAAGAGGCUACACCAAAAAAGGCAAAAAUUUCUUGUCAUUUGACACCAAUAUGUCUGAACCUGUACAAUCAUUUCAUGUACAAGGAUCAGAUUUGUUUGUUUGUGGUAAUUUUAUAUUUAAUCAUUAUCAUGAUUGUAAAGAUACUAAUUACUAUUUAUGUGGUGAUAAAAUCAAUGAUGUAUUAUGUUUACCAAUGGAUAAAGUAACCGAGAUCACUCCAGUUUUAGCUUGUCAGGAUCGUGUUCUUCGAGUGCUUCAGGGAUCUGAAUUAUUAUAUGAAGUAGAAGUACCAGGUCCACCAGUAACUCUACAGAUGUAUGAUGUUAAUGGAGGUGAUGAAGGGAAUGAAAUAUUAUUUGGUACAUCUGAUGGUAGAGUAGGACUGACUUCAAUUGGACAAUUGUCGCCGUCACAUCGAUGGGAAUUGACCAAUGAAAAGAGAAAUGGAGGAAUAUUAUGUUUAGAUAACUAUGAUAUAACAUCUGAUGGUGUAUUAGAUCUGAUAGUUGGUAGAGAUGAUGGACAGGUUGAAAUCUAUAGUUAUGAUGAAGCUGAUGAACCCACACAUAGAUAUAGUUAUACAUGUAGUGAAAGUGUGACGUCUGUACAAGGUGGAAUUAUCUCUAGUUCAGGUUAUGAUGAAAUUGUCUGCUCUACAUAUGCAGGCUGGGUAUUUGGGCUGACAUCAGAACAUCAGACUAAGGAAUUCGGACCACAAGAAGUAAUGGUAGAAUCAGGAACAGCUCAUAAAUUAAUGGGCUUAAAAGAUGAUCUAGAACAGUUACAAGAUAAAGUUAUGAAAGAAAGAGAGAAAUACCAACAAACAGCUUAUAGUAAUACAGCUGUAUCAGCUGUUCCUUUGUUUAAAAUUAAUGAUAAAUUUGUAUUGAAUAGAGAAGAUGCUAGUUAUACACUUAGUUUAGAGUUACAGAUGCCAAUAGACAAUGUACUCUUACAGAGUGAUGUACCAGUAGAUCUAUUGGAUGUUGAAAAGAAUUCAGCUGUAGUUAGUCAUAGUGCUUGUAAUCCAGAGGAAGGUAAUUUCGUUUUGGCUACAUACAGAUGUCAGGCCAAUACAACACGUUUAGAAUUAAAGAUACGUUCUAUAGAAGGACAAUAUGGCACUCUACAGAUUUAUAUCACCCCCCGUAUACAACCUAAAACAUGUCAAGUUAAACAAUACCCAAUUAAACCAUUAUCACUACAUCAACGUACUCAUGUCUUUGAUGAUACAAGACCAUGCAAUACAUUGAAGUUGACAGGACAGUUUAGUUUAGCAGAAAUGCAUAAUUGGGUGUGUUUCUGCUUACCUGAAUUACCAGAUAGAUCCCCAGCCGGUGAUUCUGUGGUAUUUUAUUUCAUAUCAACAUUCCUAGAUACACAAUUACAAUGUUCUUACAGAAAAGGUGAAGCCAUAUUCAAGUCUGACAAUAUUUCAACUAUAUCCAUAUUAAAAGACGUCUUGUCGAAAGAGGCUACCAAAAAGAAAAUAAGGCUGGAUAUCAAUUACGAUAUAAAUGAAGAUUCUAUACCUCAUACUCUUGGUUUAAUACAUCCUAAAUUAGAGUAUCAGUUAUUGUUAGCUAAGAAAGUUCAACUCAUUGACGCAUUGAAGGAACUUCAAGUACAUGAAAAUGAUACCAGUUUUCUGUCACCAGAGUAUCAACAGAUCUUAGAAGAGGCUGACUCUCUACAAAUAGAGUACAAAAAACAGCCUUGUCAUUUAGAAAGACUUUAUGGUAUGAUAACAGAUCUAUUUAUAGAUAAAUAUAAGUUCAAAGGUCAGAAUGUCAAGACCAAAGUAGCCUCUUUGUUGGAGAUUUUAGAUAAUUAUGAAUUAAAAACUUUAGUAGAUUUUUUUGAGAAUUCGGUGUAA